UUCCUCAUUAAUCAAAUAAUGGGUUUCCGUUUACCUGGUAUGAGAAGGGUGUCUUCAAACGCAAUGGAUGCACCAAAAGGUUAUCUUGCUGUCUACGUUGGAGCGAAAAUGAAGCGGUUUGUGAUCCCUAUAUCAUACUUGAGCCAACCUUGGUUCCAAGACUUGUUGAGUCAAGCUGAGGAAGAAUUUGGAUAUGAUCAUCCCAUGGGUGGCCUCACAAUUCCUUGCAGCGAAGAUGUCUUCUUACAUAUAACUUCUUGCUUCAAUGGACACUGAAUCUUACACUAUAACAGACUGACAUAGAUUAGUUGACACAUUUUGUAUACAAUAGGCAUCUUCUGACCUUGUAAAGAUCUCCCUUUCUGGAGAAAUAGGAAAAAGA